CGUGGACGAAAAAAAAACAAACCCAAACAAAAACAACGACUGCUGCUGGUGCUGAUGCGGGAGUGGUGCUGACUCGACGAAACACGCAUUGUUUCGCGGUCGCCACGUCACACAUCUUUCAUUGUGUGACUGUGUGUGUGAGUGUGACAACACUGGGAUACGUUCAGACUGAGGGUGGUUGUGUGUGACUGUGUGAUUUGACACUGCACUAGCUGGCUGUGAGGAGUGUUUUGAUUGCUUCCACACACACUCGCGCGUCAGCCAUGCGGAUGAUGCGCACGUGCUUGGGGAUGCACCCUGCGGUGCGGGAGUUGUACAAGCGAUACAUAUUUGCAGGCAAGGACUAUCCAGCUGGCCUGGACGUUGUUCGACGAAGGGUGAAGCAAGAGUUUAUGGCGAAUAAGGACCUGAAAACGGAGGAGGAAGUGUUGCACGCGGUUGCGCGCGGGAGAUGGUACUUCAACAACGAAUUUGUGCCCGCCAUCAAGUUGCGAAAGUACCGCGACAUGAAGAAGCGCUACUACGACAACCAAUGACACUGCGCAUGUUUACGCGCGUGUGCGUGCGUGCGUGUGUGUGUGUGUGUGUGUGUGUGUGUGUGUGUGUGUGUGUGUGUGUGUGUGCUCUAGUGUGUGCGGACGCGUGUGAACGCGAGUGCACGAUGGUUGUGUUUUUGUGUUUUUUCUUUGCUUGCUUCCCACAGCUUCGACUUCCAAUGCAAGUGCGGUCACGCUGCAAGGGUAGCCACCCUCUCUUCUGUUGUUUUCCUUAUUAUUUUCCGUGCGAGCACACGCAUCAUGCAUGCCAAGGCGAACACAAUACAACAACAGACAACAGACAACACA